AUGCUGACUAUUACGCCAACAGAGACAAUAUGGGGUCAUGGAAUCGGCCUUAGCUCCGGUCAACGCGAGCCACAGUAUGAACUUUUGACGCCAUUUGAGUCAAUGCCUGAAAAAAUGACAGGCCGGACUGUAUGGACCAAAGAGGAUCUUGAAAAGAACGAAUCUCACUGGAUUCGGCCAUUCUCCCCAGAGGAGGUACUCCACAUUGAAGCGGCGAUCAAAGAUGCCGAGAGCAAGAACUUACAGCUGUCGGAGAUUGACCAGUCAUCCUUUCCACUGCCUCCUGAAUUCAAGGCUUCUCUCGCUGAAGUCCGAGAUGAGCUCAUCAAUGGGAUUGGGUUUUGUGUCCUCCGCGGCCUUCCCGUUCGGUCCUGGACCACUCGCCAAGCUUCAAUUGCGUACCUAGGCCUCGGCUCCUACAUCGGACGUCGAAUCAGUCAGAAUCGUCAUGGGCAUAUGCUUGGUCACGUCAAGGAUUUGGAAGAGGGGAAGGAAGUCAAUGGAGAGGGCAGACUCUAUCGUACUCAUCAAGCACAAACCUUCCACUCGGACGAGAGCGACAUUGUUGGCCUUCUCUGUUUACGCCAGGCUAUGGAGGGCGGAGAAUCCCAGGUCGUCUCCACUCAUAAUAUCUAUAAUGUCCUCCGACGCGAAAGACCAGACAUUCUGCGGCAGAUGUGCCAAGUUCAGUGGUUCUACGAUCGCAAGGGCGAAAUCAAUGAUGGAGAGAAAGAAUGGAUGAAUACACCAGGAUAUUACUACUACAAGGGAAAGCUGAGCAUGAAAUGGGAUUCAUACUAUGUGGGUGCUCUGCAGCGAUUCUGGGAGGCUGGCCUGCUUCCACAAUAUACGGAUGCUCAACGCGAGGCCAUCCGGGUGAUGGAGGACACUUGUCAUCGCCUGUGCCUCGAGAUGACGCUACAAUGUGGCGACAUCCAAUUCGUUACAAAUACCCAUAACUUGCAUGCCCGAUCGGCCUACAAGGACGACAAUAACAUUGACGAAAAACGCUGGCUACAACGACUCUGGCUUGCAACUUGUGAGGAGGAAGGUGGAUGGCCACUGCCAUUCGCUGACUCCUGCUAUAAUAAGAGGGGAGGUGUCCAGGUCAAUCUCACUCCUGAAUCCUAUCCUCUCGAAGCGGAAUGA